CGUGAGCCAUUUUCUCCACACAGUAUCAAAAUCAAACUCAUUCUUUGCAGCUUUUUCUAACUUCUUUCUUCUAUAAUGUGCUUUGUUUCUCUCUCUUAAUACUUCAAUGUUGUUUCAAAGAAAAUACUCUUCCAAGUGAAUAGUGAAGUUGAUCCACAGUAUAACAAUUAAAAAUAGUUUCAGGCGUGGAAAUGACGAAUAUGCAUGUAAAUUCUACUGGGACGAGUUCUGAUAUAAUUGAAAUGGCUCAUGAUGCAGAAAAUUUCAACAGUAGACUACAAUUGCAGCCUACCUUAGAGCCAUACGAAGGAAUGGAAUUUGUAUCAUUUGAAGAAGCAAAAACUUACUAUACAAGGUAUGCAAAAAAUAAAGGUUUUAGUUUUCGAAUGGGUCGUAUUACUAAAUCAAGAACAAAUGGAUUGAUAAUUGGUCAAGAGAUUGUUUGUUCAAAGGAGGGGUUUCGGGCUAAAAGUUAUGCAAAAGGGGAAAAUAACAAACCUGCAACUCAAGAUGAAACAAGGGUAGGAUGCAAGGCAAUGAUAUACCUAAAGAAAAAUGAAGAUAGAUGGAAUAUCUCUAAAUUUAUAAGAGAGCAUAAUCAUGAGUUAUUCUCCCCAAGAAGUUCACAGUUCCUUCGAGUGCAUAGAAAAAAGACUAAAGUACAAAAAAAACUUAUUGAUGUGCUAGAUGAUUCAGGAUUGCGUCCUAGCAAAAUAACAUCUGUCUUAAGUACUGAAAGUGGUGGUAUUGAUAAUAUUGGAUUUAGUCAGCAAGACGUUGUUGAUUACUUAAGUCAAAAGAGACAAAAACAGAUCGAAAAAGGAGACGCUCAAUUGAUGUUAUCAUAUUUUAAGAAUUGUCAAUUAAGGAAUCCUGGAUUUUUUUAUGCUUUUCAAAUGGAUGUGGACGGUCAUUUAGCUAAUUGCUUUUGGGUUGAUUCAAGAUCCAAAAUGAGUUAUAAAUAUUUUGGUGAUGUGGUAACUUUUGAUCCAACAUAUUUAACAAAUAGAUACAAAAUGCCCUUUGUUCCGUUCACCGGAGUUAAUCAUCAUCAACAAUCCAUUCUUUUUGGUUGUGCAUUGUUGUGGGAUGAAACUGAAGAGAGUUUUGUUUGGUUGCUAAGUACAUGGUUAGAAGCAAUGUCUGGAGUUUGUCCUAAAACAAUUAUCACCGACCAAGAUGCUGCUAUCACUAAUGCUGUUGCAAGAGUGUUUCCAAAUGCUAAUCAUCACUACUGUAUGUGGCACAUUGAAAAAAAAGUUCCAGAAUACUUGAACAAUGUUUGUCAUGAAUACAAUGAUUUUAAAAAUCAAUUUCAUAAGUGUAUUCACCAAUCAGUCACUGUUGAGGAUUUUGAAUCAGAUUGGGAAGCAAUGAUAGAUAAAUAUGGAUUGCAAGACAAUCAAUGGCUUCAAAAGAUAUACUAUAUUCGAUCAAAAUGGAUUCCGGUUUAUGUACGUAACAAUUUUUGUGCUGGAAUGUCCACCACUCAAAGAAGUGAAAGUAUGAAUAAGUUCUUUAAGGAUUUUUUGAAUUCUAGUACUCCAUUGAACAAGUUUGUGACACAGUAUGAUAAGGCUCUUGAUGCACGUUAUAACAAGGAAAGGGAGAAGACUUUCAAGACAAUCAAUUCAAAACCAUUUUUGCGAACUUUAUAUCCUAUGGAAGAAGAAGCUUCAAAAAUCUUUACAAGAAAAUUGUUUAGAAUUUUUCAAGAUGAAUUAGUUGGUUCUCAGAAGUUUAUUGCAGAGAAAGUUGAAUUUUCUAGUGAUCUUUCCACCUACAAGGUUCAUGAGAUUUACAAAGAGAAACCUAACUACUAUGUGACUUUUCACAUUAUUUCGAAUGAAGCGAAUUGUAGUUGUCACAUGUUUGAGUUUUUGGGUAUUCUUUGUCGGCAUGCAUUAAAUGUACUCCUAAAGAAAAAUAUUUUUUCUCUUCCUUCAAAGUAUAUGCUUCGUCGUUGGACUAUUGAUGCUAAAAAGGAGCAAGUUAUAGAACCAACAAUAAAUCAAUUUCAAGAUGGUAGCUAUGAAUCUUCGAGUACUUUAUUAUUCAAUAGUAUUAUGAUUCAUUCGUUGGGAGUAUCUGAAAGAGGUUCACGGUCUCAAAAGCAUCACGAUGUUACAAUUCAAGGUUUUCAAAAGAUAAUCGAAGAGCUUGAUUUGUUGGAUCUUAAGGAUUCAAAUGAAGAUCUUGGUAAUUCAACAUCAGAGGUUAUUCCAAAAGCCUUUUGCAAUGAAAUACUUGUGCGUGACCCUCCAGUUGCGGCCACUAAAGGGCGUCCUCGAACACUCCGAAUGAAAGGAAGCUUGGAAUUGCGCAAUAAAAGUGCAUCUGUAUGUAGUUAUUGCAAGAAUAAAGGUCAUAACAAGCGUAAAUGUCCAAAUUUAAAUCAAACAAGGUGUGAUAUUAUUAAUGGACAAUUUUCAAACGCUAAUGGUAAAGAUUCUACUGUUGAUUUUAUUCAAAGGUGAAGAAAUUGAAGCAAGAAGGACUUGAAGCAAAUGGCUUGAAACAAACAAAACUUGAAGUACUUGAAGCAAGUGGGAGUUGAUAGUCUUGUUUUUGACAAUGUUGAUUUUUUUUAACAAGAAAUUGUUGUUCUUUAAUUUGUUACUGUCAAUGAAGAAAUUAUUGUUCUAGAUUGCUUCUGUCAAAGAAGAAAUUAUUGAAUUAUUGUUCUUUAGCUUGUUUUUGUCAGAAUGAUACCUUUAUUUUCUUUGAACAAUGUGUCUUAUGUGAAUUAAGUUAUGAAAAUAUUAGGAUAAAUUAAAGUUAUAUGUGUUGUAAGCUUACAUCAUAGUUAAAUAUAAUAAAAUUAAAUGAAUAUCUUAAUUCACUACAUGGUACCUUCAAAAAUUCUAUUAAGAUAAAAUUUCAAAUACUGAAGCUGAAGCUACAAGAUGUCAUGUUGCAUUUUUAAAGUCUUACUUUGUGAGCUAAGUAAUCCAGUGAGGCUAAGUACAACAAUAACAAGUGAUGCUAUAAGUUAGGACAUGUACUUUACAAAGCUAAGCAUUGAAGCUACAAAAUUUCUAUUACAAAUCUAAAGAAAGCAAGUCGACACCGGUGAUGAUCAUACUUUGUUGUCGAAUUCUCUUGUCUCAAGUUCUUCCAAACUUUGAACAUUAUCAUAAGGUAAGACAUGUACUUUCUCCUCAUUCUUCUUCAUGG